AUGGUUAAACGUUCAACAAUUAUAAAAACUUCAAAUAUAUUAGCAUACUUUUUGUUUCUUAGUGUAAGCAUUCUUUGGGAAUUUAGUGUUAAUCAGGAAAAAUCUCCGUACACUCCUGCUGUAAUUAAUACAUAUAUUGGUCCUGUUUUUUUCACUUAUUUUAUUUGGGUUAUUAUUCAUCUUUUUCUUGCUGGAUUUGUCAUAUAUCAAGUCUUUGAACUUCGCGACGAUCUACUUGACAAUGGCAUUCAAUGGUACUUUGUUGCUGUUACGUUACUUAAUACUCUCUGGUUGACUUUAUGGCAUAUAGAUUUAAUCAUUAUAUCAUGGUUAGCGAUAAUAGUAGCUGCUGUGCUAAUUUCUGCUAUCUAUUGGAAUCUUAAAGAAAAAUUUCGUCCUAAAGACAAAUAUGAAUUGUUAUUCAUCCAUAUUCCAUUUUCCCUUUAUCACGCUUGGAUCUUUGUCUUAACAAUCAUUACCACUUUUACUUUAUUUACACCUAAACCUAAUAUUAAUGAUAAAGGUCCAACCAUGGUAGUUCUAGUUUUUGUAAUAAUAGGAUUAAUUCUUAUGGAAGUUAUUGCUAUUGUUUAUAUUGAGAGAUUUAAAGAUGUAGCUGGUGCAGCAAUCAUUGCUUGGACUCUAUUUGGAAUAGCUGUUGAACAGACGAAUAUACUUAGUCAUUGGAUUGCCUUAGCAUUGAUGGUUGUGU